CGAGGAGCCGCGACUUGACACGGCUGAGUGAUACCACUGAGACAAUAGAUAGAGGUCACGAGUGAGCAUAAAGACUGCCCGGGAAGAUCGAUUUUUCGCUUCUCCCAUCACUCUGCCCUUUGGCUCCUCCAUCAUGUCGAAGCCCGCAGACGUUGUGGCAUACGACGACAAGUUGGACGAGAAGAACGCCAACAUCGCGACCACCUAUGUUGGCCCACCCGUUGCUGAGGAUGAUGUCGCCAAGAAUGAUCUCGAGCUCGUGAGCGCGGACCUCGAGGAGCUCGAGGAGCGGGCGAACGCCAUGUCCAACGAGCGGGCGCACAACAUUAUCUCCAAGUUGUACAAGAUCCACCGGCACGACCAGAACUUCCCCCGCACUGCCCUGGACCGCAUGGAGGAGUUUCUCAAGCGUCCAGAGCACGAGACAGAGGAGCUUGCCAAGGUCCACAGCUACGAUGAGCUGCUCAAGGAAAUGAAGCUCGAGGCCGUCCUGGCCACUGAGAACUCGCCCUACCUCGAGGUCCGCGCCAACGUCGACCCCACCGACGACCCUACCCUGCCCUCGCUCACCUUCCGUGUGCUUCUCCUUGGCACUCUCCUGUCCGGUCUCGGUUCGUUCGUUGACACGCUCUUCGCCAACCGCCUUCCGUCCGUUUUCAUCUCGGCCAAUGUUGCUCAGCUCAUCGCCUACCCAUGCGGCAAAUUCCUUGCUCGCGUCAUGCCCACCAAGAAGUUCCGCACAUUUGGACACGAGUGGAGCUUCAACCCUGGUCGCUUCAACUCCAAGGAGCACAUGCUGAUUGCAAUCAUGGCGAACGUCUCCUUCUCCUCAGGCUACACCAACAGCAUUAUCCCGACCCAGGCUAUGCCGUUCUUCUUCAACAUGAAGUUCGCCCGCUCCUUUGGCUACCAGUUCCUUAACACUGUCGGGUUUACAUUUGUCGGUUAUGGUCUUGCGGGCCUGACUCGUCGUUUCCUCGUUUACCCAUCGGUGGCAAUCUGGCCUUCCGCCUUCGCCCAGAUCGCACUUAACCGCUCCUUCCACACUGAGCAGAACGAGCCGGUCAGGGGCCCCUUCGGCACUUGGCGCAUCUCUCGAGAGAAGUUCUUCCUCAUCACUUUUACGAUGAUGUUUGUUUACUUCUGGUUCCCCGGUUACAUUUUCCAGGCCCUGUCGUACUUCAGCUGGCUGACCUGGAUUUCCCCCAACAACGUCAACCUGGCGGCUGUCACGUCGUUCGCGGGUGGCAUGGGCCUCAACCCGUGGCCCACCUUCGACUGGAACGUUCCCAACGCCAAUGGCACCAUUCCCCUCACCCUCCCUACUUUCACUAUCAUGAACCAGUUCAUUGGCGUCCUUCUCGGCGCCAUUCUUUCUCUUGCCCUCUGGUACUCGAACGCUUGGAACACUGGCUACCUCCCAAUCAACUCCAACAAGACCUGGAGCAAUAUGGGCACACGCUACAAUGUUUCCAAGAUUCUGGACGAGCACAGCAAGUUUGACAACGCCAAGUACCAGAGCUAUUCGGAGCCAUGGAUGGGCGCAGCAUACAUUGUCAUCUUCAUGACGUACUUCGCCAUGUACGCCGCGACUUUGAUGUACGUGAUUCUCUACCACCGCCACGACAUGGUCAUGGGCUGGAAGAGUCUCAAGAAGACCUUCCGCAACCCCUUCCGCAAGAGGAACCGCGAGGCCGAGGCAGCACAGGCUGAGGAUGACGAGGAUGACCUCUUCUUUGAGGAUGUCCACAUGCGCCUCAUGCGUGCCUACCCAGAGGUUCCCGAGUGGCAGUACCUCAUCGUCCUCCUGAUCGCCAUGGCUUGCGGUAUGAUUGGCCUCGGCAUCUACCCCACUGAGGUCUCUCCCGCGACUGUCCUUUUUGGUGUCCUCAUGCCUCUCAUUGUCAUUGUCCCGUGCGGUCUUAUCCAGGCCAUCACCGGCAUGCCCAUUCCUCUCAAUGUCCUCGCCCAGUUCAUCGGUGGCACCAUCAAGCCUGGUAAUGCCAACUCGCUCAUCUACUUCAAGACCUACGGCUACAUUGCUGCUUACCAAGCUCUUGCCUUCUCGUCAGAUCUCAAGCUCGCACACUACCUGAAGAUCAACCCUCGUCACACGUUUGCCAUGCAGCUGUGGGCGACAACGAUUUACUGCUUCAUCUGUGCCGGUCUCCAGAACUACAUCCUUGGCUUCAAGGACGUGUGCACCUCGGCUGCCAAAUUCGGCAUGAGCUGCCCUGGCGCCAACACCUUCUUCACCUCGGCUGUAUUCUGGGGCACUCUCGGCCCAGCCCGCCUCUUCGGCCCUGGCAAGCGGUACACGCUCAUGCUUCUCGGCUUCCCCGUCGGCCUCGUCACCGUCCUCGUCUACUGGGCGCUGCGGAAGAAGUUCCCCCGCAGCGAGUGGCUGCGCCAGAUCCACCCGGUCAUGAUCUUCAACGGCGGCGCAUACUGGGGUCCUCCUCUCAACAUGUCCUACUUCAUCGGCAACGUGUACAUCACCGUUUUCUCCUUCCAGUUCAUCCGCAAGCGUUACACUGCCUUCUGGGCAAAGUACAACUAUGUCCUUGCCGCGUCGUUCCCGGCCGGCAUUGCCAUCGCCGCGCUCGUUAUUUUCUUCGGCACGGCCAUCCCCAAGGACGGCGCGUACGCCACCAUCGCGUGGUGGGGCAACGACGUCACGGGUGUUGGCUGUGAGGCUGGCGGAUGCCCGCGCCUCAAGCUUCCGAAGGGAGAGGUGUUCGGAGCUCCUGUUGGCAGCGGUCUGUUCACCUAAAUUGCGCGUGGGGAGAGGAGGGGUAAGCUGGAGUGUCAUACUCCAGGUAGCGGAGGAACGGGAGAGGAUAUGGAGAUUUGUAGAUAAAACGAUUUUACGUCUUUUGUAAUAUGGCCCCUUCAAGGCCAAGAGAUGGACAUCUUGGUGACGAUCGUCG